GCUCGCGGCAGCGGCUCCGUGGCGCAGAAGGGACAGGGACCGGACAGAAACGUAAGGGAACUGUCAUUGAACUUAUCCGUGAUGAGAUAACUGGGGAGCCGCUCGCCCUGACCUAUAGAGCUAGCGCGCAGAGGUGUUCCGGCGGAGCUGACAAAAUGUAGUUAUGCCUUAAACUUAUGAGGAAGACACAGAGACCUGAACAUUUUUGAAGGUUAUACCAGGAAUGUCAGUUAAUUUGUCUCCAGGUACCAGGACCUGCCAAGCAAUGCCUGCAGCAGCAGCUGCUCACCAAGCGGGAAGUAUUUCACUAUGGAUUCCCUGAACAGAGACGUGCUCAGGACAGUAUUUAGAGAGCCCUGAGGAGAGAACUGGAGCAGAAAGACCCUGCCAGGACCUCCCUGUCCUUCUUCCUCCUGCUGCAUCCUUCGUUGCCAGCAUCUCCUCCACCAUGUCGUUCUCUGAAGCAGAAGUGCAAAGUGCCCGAGGUGCCUGGGAGAAGAUGUAUGUGGAUGCUGAGGACAACGGGACAGCUGUGCUGGUCAGGAUGUUUACUGAGCACCCAGACACCAAGUCCUACUUCACACAUUUCAAAGGCAUGGACUCUGCUGAAGAGAUGAAACAGUCAGACCAAGUCAGGGGCCAUGGCAAGAAGGUUUUCACUGCCAUCAACGACAUGGUGCAACACCUGGACAAUUCUGAGGCUUUUCUUGGGAUAGUGAACCCACUCGGCAAGAAACAUGCCACUCAGCUGAAGAUUGACCCCAAAAACUUUAGGAUUAUCUGUGACAUUAUCUUACAACUGAUGGAGGAGAAAUUUGGUGGAGACUGCAAAGCUUCCUUUGAGAAGGCAUGAACAUCUCCAGGGCGUGCAUUUCACAGUGUAACUCCCAGCAAAUUACUCUGCUGUGUUCCCUGGCAAAGGCAAUAGCACCGAGCUCACUGGCUCUUGUGCUACUCAAGAGUGCACCCAGCUGAGGGAAGCUGCUGCCUCGCUGAAUGGGUGGCAUGGUGGGCUCAGCCCAGCAUGGGACUCAUCCUGUCCAGUUGCACAGCCUUGGCCUCCCUUCAGUCGUAACUGAGUCCUGAACUAUUUAAUUGCUUUUCUUCAUAUUCCUUAGACGUGGUGAAACAAUCAGCAAAUAACCACAUGCUGCAAAUAAUCACAUGCUGGUUUGCUUCAGUGUAACACAAUAAACACAGAGAAAGCAGAUGCGUCCUCUUGUUUGUAGCACAGAGAAGGCGAUGUGCAAGUGGUAGCUGGUUACAGUGCACAGUUACUGGUAGUACUGCAGGUUUUACCAAAAC